UUUAUUUCCUUAACUCUCGUAAUUACCCCAUUAUAAGAUACCCUCAUUUUAAGAGAUUCCUCAUUAUAAGAGACAAGUUCUCUAGAAAAAAAGAGACCUAAUGGGUCAGACUAGACUGCGUCGUUACGACACGUGGAAGAACACUUUAGAACGCUUUCCAGAAACCCUGUUGGGUAGCAAUGAAAGGGAAUUUUUUUACGAUGAGGAUGCAAAAGAAUAUUUUUUUGAUAGGGAUCCAGACCUUUUUAGACACAUCCUCGCAUUUUACCGUACUGGGAGACUACACUACCCCCAAACUGAAUGUCUGGUCUCCUAUGAAGAGGAAUUGGCAUUUUUUGGAAUUAUACCAGAUUUAAUUAGUGAUUGUUGUUACGAGGAUUAUAAAGACAAAAAACGGGAAAAUCAGGAAAGACUAAUGGAGGAGAGAAUAGAUGCCCCAGAAAAGAAGAAAGACAUGACUUUUAGGGUGACAGGCUUCUUCAUUGCCGUCUCUGUCCUCUGCAAUAUAAUAGAAACCAUCCCCUGUAAAUACCUCGCUCACAGUUUUGGCUCAAUCUCUUGUGGUGAUCUCUAUGAAAAACAAUUUUUUGUUCUCGACACAGCCUGUGUUGUUAUUUUCACUAUAGAAUAUUUAUUUCGAUUAUAUGCGGCGCCGGAUAGGUGCAAAUUUGUUAGGUCUAUAAUGUCUCUAAUUGAUGUUAUUGCUAUUUUACCUUAUUAUAUUGGGCUGGGAUUACAGGAGAACAAAGACGUCAGCGGAGCUUUUGUUACGUUGAGGGUAUUUCGCGUAUUUCGAGUCUUUAAAUUUUCAAGGCAAGUUUUUUCGAUUAAAAAAUUUUUAAAAAUUAUAUUCUUCCCUUCCAGGCAUUCCCAAGGUCUUCGAAUCCUCGGAUAUACCCUCAAAUCUUGUGCCUCAGAACUGGGUUUCUUAGUGUUUUCGCUAGCUAUGGCAAUUAUUAUUUUUUCUACAAUUAUUUACUACACAGAAAAACGGGUGCCUGACACUAAAUUUACUUCAAUUCCUGCCGCUUUUUGGUAUACCAUUGUUACUCUUACAACACUUGGAUAUGGCGAUUUUGUUCCUUAUACUGUAAUGGGAAAAGUUGUGGGAGGUAUUUGUUCAUUAAGUGGAGUUUUGGUUAUUGCUUUACCCGUUCCUGUUAUUGUCUCAAACUUUUCUAGAAUUUAUCAUCAAAAUCAGAGGGCGGACAAGAGGAAAGCUCAAAAGAAAGCCAGAAUGGCGCGAAUUCGAAUUGUUAAAAACGCUAGUGGCCAAGUACUAUCAAACCGUCGGAAAGGAUAUGAACAAAGAAUGCAUGAUUUUGAGCUUGGUUUGUUGGGACCUGAACAAUUAAAAGACGAGGAUAUAUUCCAAUUACAACAUCACCAUUUGCUUAUGUGUUUGCACAGAGCUACGGAAUGGGAUAAAGACGAAUCAGAAGAACGGGAAAAAAGAACAAGCAUUGGACAAAAAAGAGAAGGAGAAUGUAAUUAUGACCAAAAAAGCGACAACAUCCUCCCAGACCAAAUUAAUGACAACAACAAUUCCCCACCCUUUCAACAACCCCCAUUUAAAUUAACACCCGUGAGGAACUGGUUAACUCGAAUGAGACAACACAGCGCUUCUUUUUGUGGGCAAAGAGGGAGUAGCAGGAAAACGCUUUGGAGGUACAAAGCUAGAAGAAUGUCUAGUAGUGGGAAGGAUACACAGAGACUUGAUGAGGAAGAAGCGAUUGGAGGGGAUGUUCUAAACACCAACAAACAUUCACAUUACCAACAACUUUCACAGCUAAAUGCAAUCCCCUUGAGGGUAACACCAGCUAACGAGCCUAGCACCUCCACAACAGUAAUAGAUGAAGAGUUAGAUCAUCAAUAUACUCGAGAACAACAGUUGGAGGACUGUGAAGAUGCUGAAUUGAUUAAAGAAAGUAGCCUGAACGAAGACAAAAAUGAAGGAAAGGAAGAGAAGGGGCAGAUAUUUAGACAUCCCCCUAUUCGCAUUGUUGUUUCGGAGGAAGGUUUUGAUCCAGGGGAGGUUGGAAGAGAUGGAGGAGGGCUUAGAGGGGAAGGAGAGGAAGAAGGGGAAGAUUUAGGAAGGGAAGAACAACAACAAGAAAGGGAGGAAAACAAAAAUAGAAGGGAGGAAGAGGAACAAGUUGAAGAAUCAAAAGAAUCAGAACCACAACAAAUAAACGAAAAUAAUAAAAUAAUAUCAUUGGAGGAACUACAAAGAGUAAAAUUAGAAAAUACAAAUAGGUGCCAAUAA